AUGAUCCUCAAUAACGGCACCAAGCUGGGUGUUUCUUCGGCCGUCCUCAGGACCGCCUCGGAUAUGUUCCGCGCCAUGUUUGGACCCAACUUCCGCGAAGGUCAGAAUCUCAAUGAGACAAACCCGAAAGAGGUCGAAUUUCCGGAUGAUGACCCGGCUGCUAUGAUGGUCAUAUGCUCUGUGUUUCACUUUCAAUACGACCAUACUCAACAUUAUCCAGACAUGGCAGAGCUCAAAGACAUAGCACUUCUUUGCGACAAGUAUCAAUGCAGCCCCGCCAUAUUUCUCCACAGCCAGAUGUGGAUGGAAAGGCUAAUGAAGGAUGCAAUGAAGAAAAAGUUCGACGGAUACGAGGACCUUCUAGGUAUUUCAUACCUAUUCGAUAAUCCUGACGUCUUCAAAAGGCUCACAUUAGACCUAAUCCUAUAUUGGACCGGGAGCUUCGACAAAUUGGGAGACAGAGAUUUGGCUGAUCGCAUUCCAUGGCGGACUUUCGGUAAGUUUUUUUUUCUGCAAAGCAGGAAAAAUAUGGCUAACGUUAUGAAAAGUGAUACUGUCGGAUAAAAGGUCUCAGACCAAAACCGAUGUUUCCGAAACGGCCUUGGAAGAAAUCGGAGAGGCUUUGGAAUCAAUUGAUACUCCAAGAGGUUGCCAGGAUGACAAUGAGUGUUUUCUCAACUUCGCAGCACAAGUCAUGGAUCUAUGUUGCUUCCGGCCACGUUCGGAUCAAAGCUUGGCUACUAUGUUCAAAUUCUGGCGAAACGAGACAAAGAGCGGAAG